UAAAUUAAAAUAGACAUUGCUUAUCUAGUAUACAUAUUUUUUAUGCUUAUUUCAUGGAAACUAUUCCUAAUGUUCAAUAUAGCUACAUGUCGCGCGGCGUUUCUGCGCGUGUAUGUUUUGCUCGUUUACUCUAUCAGAACCGGCAAAAUGGACGAUAUAGCACUCCGAGUAUCUGAUCAUGUUUUAGAAGUGAUUUUUUCUUAUUUAGACUUGCACACGUUGAGAAACUGUUCGUUAGUAUGCAAGCGAUGGAAUCGUUUCUUAAAUGAUGAGAAUAAUGAUGCGUGGAGAAUGCAUUGCAUCAGAAAGUUAGCCCAAGAAGCACUUAGUUCCGAUUUAUUAUCAUCGGUGCCUACUUAUAAAUCAAAGCUUCGUGCGUUUUAUCAUGCAUGGAAUCCUAAUGACUGCUCUCGUAAUAUUUAUAUUAGGCCCAAUGGAUUUACUAUGCACAGUUAUAGGAAUCCAGUUGCUCAGAGCACAGAUGCCUGUAGAGGUAAAAUUGGUUUUCGACAUGGACGUCAUGCCUGGGAAGUUAUUUGGGAAGGACCUUUGGGCACAGUGGCAGUAAUAGGAAUAGCUACAAGAGAAGCACCUUUAUUAUGUCAUGGAUAUGUAGCAUUAGUUGGUUCUGAUGAACAUUCAUGGGGAUGGAAUCUUGUAGAUAACCAUUUAUUACACAAUGGAAAUGUACAAGGAAAUUAUCCUUUACUUAACAAUGCUCCAAAAUAUCAGGUUGGGGAAAGAAUUAGGGUAAUAUUAGAUUGUGAUGAUAAUACAUUAUCUUUUGAAAGAAAUUAUGAAUUUUUGGGAGUGGCAUUUAGAGGAUUGCCAGACAAAAGAUUAUACCCAUCUGUAUCUGCUGUAUAUGGAAAUACAGAAGUAUCUAUGGUGUACUUAGGACCACCUCUAGAUGGCUAACACUUUAUUUCUAAUAGAAACAUAUCUCCAAAAGUUUGAUGAAAUUUGGAUGCAAAAUUGUUUGCAUCAUACCAAAAUGUCUACUAUGAAGUAGAACAAGCACACCAAUGAACUGUAUGAUACUCUUUAAAAGAGAUGUGUGCCUGUUCAUUCAGUCAAUAACAUUGUAAAUAGUAUUAGCAUUCCAUUUCAAUCGAUAAAUUCAUGGUAGUGCUUUAUACAAUGCUAACAGUUAUAAGUUACUCAACAAUCAACAUUAAUAAAUUCAUUUCAUUUAAAUCAUAUAUCUGCUAAUAGUGCUGAUAUAUACAUUUUAUAAUGAAAUUUCCCGUUUAAAUUUUAUAUUUGAAAGUAUCUUUAUACACGAAAGUUGAGUGACAUAUUACUGAUUUUGAAAUAAAUGUAAAAAUAUUCUUAAGUUAGACAAUGUGUGAAAAGAAGUUCCUUCGCGAAUUAUAUAUGUUCUUUAAGAGAACAUGAAUUGAAUUAUUUUAUUAUUCUAAAAUCUCAUUAAAUCAUGUAGAUUAUAAUUUUUAAGUAAUAUUUAUACACAGACAAAUAAGUUCUUUGCUUUUCAGUAUUAAUAUUUGAGUCUUCAUAAAAAUAUUUUGCUUUAUAUGAAAACUAUUCAUAUGCCAAUAAAAUGGCAAAUUUUUAUUGUUUAUAAAAUAGUCAUAUAUUUAACUUAUUUCGAUCAUUACUAAAGACGCGAAUUAAAAAUUAAAUUAAUUUUUUUAUCGUCUUUAAUUACAUAGGAACCGUAAAACAAACUGUGAUUCAUCUGUAUUUUAUUAUGUUAACACCGUGUAAAGAUAUCUUAUAAGAUAUCUUAUGUUUACCAUACUUAAGAUCUUUUUGUAUAAAAUAUGUUUCUUUUUCCUUUUUUUUCGUAAAUUUAUUUAAAUAUUUAUAUGUAUUUAAAAAAAUUAUUAUUUAUUUUCUAAAUAUAAGUAUCAAUUUUUCUAAUACUGAUGAAACAAGCAGCGAAAUUGACAAACAAUUCGAAGAAAACUUCGUAAUUAUAGUAUACAGGGUGUUCCACUUAAAGUGUUCAUAGCUGCUUUAUUUUUAAAUGUACAAAACAAUGUCGUAAAUUGUAAAAUAUCACGUGAUAAACAUCACUCAAUUUGUAUGAUAAUUAAUAUUUUUCUUUUUAAGUAAAGCGAAAUAAU